GUAAAGCUGCUUUGAUGUUCAUUGUAAAAGGUGCUAUACAAAAUAAAUUGAAUAGAAUUGAAUCUCAUUCUGAAUUUCUAAAAAAGAAGCUAUCAAGUCAUUUCUAUAUCAUUUAUAGGCAUCAGUAAGGAGAUGUUUUAUCUGUCAUGUGUGGAUGCUUCUGUGGGUUUUUUUCCAGCCAUAAAUACUCAGAUUUGCACUAAAGUCAAUCAGACAGAGACCAUCAGUCACCAUCAGAUCCAUCAGGGACAGUCAACUACCAUCAGCUGCCAUUACAGCAAAAAGAGAAGUCAAGCUCUUGCAGUAUAUUUGAGAACAAACCAAAGACUGUGUGACUACAACAAUUUAAAUACAACCUGGACUAAACAAUUCUGUAAUGAUGACAUCAGAUUUCUGUGGAUUCCAGAAACAGAGGAAAUAUCAUUCCAGCUCUUAAAUCUUCAGAUAAAUGAUUCAGGUGUCUACACGUGUACUGUGGAACACUACUUCCCACCUCCUACAAGGUGUUUGGGACAGGAGAGGAUAUUCAUUCAUGUAACAGCAUCUCCUUCUGUUUCUGUGGCAUGUGUGAGAGGGCAUGAUGGAGCACCCACAAUGCUUUGUGCUUCUGAGGGCUUUUACCCUGCUGGUCUGAAGCAGGCCUGGCUCAGAGAUGGAGAAUACAUCAGUUACAUGAACACUGCACUUCAAAGACCGACAUAUGAAGAAACUCUGAGCACUUCUCACAUCAACUGGACCUACAGAAACAACACAGAUGGGUCCUACAGCCUUUUGUCAUACCUUCACUUGUCUGCAGACAUAAAAGAGCAGGUGAUGUACUACUGCUGGGUGAAUCACACAACACUGAGCAAACCAAUCACGGUUAUCAUGUCCUCUACUGAGUGCACUGAGAGAGAAGUGGAAUUUACAGGUAUGAAUUUUUAAUCUGAUAUUAUUUCAAUAUUUCGAGGUAGUUUUAAUUUGUAUAAUAAUAAUUGUUCAUUGGUUUAAUAACUUUUAUUGCUGCCCCACCUAUGGUAUCCAAUUAAGAAUAAAAAGUGUGCCUCGUACUAUUGAUAUCUUUACAGGUUUAGUUGUUUGUUUUAUAGUCGUUGGGACCCUCUUUGGCUUGUUGAU